AUGGCUGGCCUACAAGAUCUAGACAAGCACUUAGCCUCUCUGCGAGCAACUCCUUCAACACUGGCUCUCCUCAAAGACCUUCAUACCCAAGCCCUCACUGAGCCUCCUUACGUCAGCACUGAUAGUCAACCUGCUUCCGUUGCCUUGGAAAGAUUCGUUGCACUGGAGCCGGACAAGUGCGCUCUGGUUUACCUACUUCUACGAGCCACAGGAGCGAGACAUGUCAUCGAGGCCGGGACUUCCUUCGGCGUCAGUACUAUCUGGUUAGCCCUUGCCGUGGGACAAAACGCGACAGCUCAAGGUGCCGAAGGGAAAGUGAUCGCUACGGAGAACGAGGCAUCCAAGGCGAAGAGAGCCCGGGAGCAUUGGAGGAAGGCGGGGGCUGAAGUUGAAAACUGGAUCGAACUCAGGGAAGGCGACCUGCGAGAUACACUGAAAACUGAUCUGCCCGAAGAAAUUGACUUUUUGUUACUCGACAUCUGGUCGAAUCUUGCAAUGCCCACAAUAGCUACUGUCAAGCCGCGACUCAAACCCGGCGCCUUGGUCGUCGUUGAUAACAUCAUUUCUAGCCAAGCAGGUUACAAGGACCUGAUUGAGCAUUUGAAUGAUCCUAAGAAUGGCUUCAAGAGGACGACGGCUCCGUAUAACGGGGGCUUGCAUGUUGCUGUGUAUUUAGGUCAGUAG